AUGGUUGCACGUUCCCAGUCCUCAGCUGCAGGCGUUCUUGCUCUCCUUUCAGAACAAGAACCAGCCUUCAAACAACAUGCACUCAAAUCCCUCAACUCCCUAGUCCCGCGAUUUUGGGCCGAAAUCUCAGAACAAAUCGCCUUGGUAGAAUCUCUUUACGACAACGAUGAACUCCCUACAGAAGCCCGCGACUCUGCUGCUCUCCUUGCGAGCAAGGUGUAUUAUUAUCUCGGAGAAAACGACGAAGCAUUGUCUUUUGCAUUGGGAGCUGGGAGCGCGUUUGAAGCCGAAUAUCGUGGGCGAGGGUCAGAGGAAUAUGUCGAGACUGUUUUAUCUAAAGCAAUCGACCGUUACAUCGAGCUACGUUCCGAGGAACAAGUGGAUGGUAAACCUGACAAGAUAGAUCUUCGUUUAAGGGCAAUAAUUGAGACCAUAUUCACCCGUUCAAUUGCAGAAGGAGAGUACAAGCAAGCGAUCGGAAUUGCCUUAGAAUCCCGUCGCCUCGACGUAAUUUCCCAAAUAUACAACAAAACACACGAUAUCUCUAUCCUGAGUUAUACUAUGGAGGCAGUGGUUGACACCGGCUUUUCACUAUCAUAUCGUGACACCGUUCUUCGUUUUCUCUUCCCUCUCUUCCCUCAACCUUCGGCCAAAGGUAUCUCGACACAUGUGCACGCCCUUAUACGGUUACUGGUUACUCUCAACGAUUCCUCGUUAACUGUACCACUGCUCGUCUCCCUCGUUCCCCAAGAGAAGCUUUUGGCAUACCAGUUUGCUUUCGAUCUCGUGGAAGGUGGUGCUCGGGAUUACCUAGAGAGCAUAAGGAAUGAGCUCCCCGCUGGGGACCAGAGCACCAGAGAAAUCUUCGAUAAAAUUCGAUAUAUACUGUCAGGUCAAGAAUCAGUGAAACUAUAUCUCGAAUUUCUUAAACGAAAUAAUCACGUUGACACCCUCAUCCUCAAACAUACCAAGGAUGUUCUUGAACCCCGAUCAUCUAUUUAUCACACAGCAGUCACUUUACAGAACGCGUUUAUGCACUCAGGUACAACCUCAGACGCGUUCUUGCGUGAAAACUUGGAAUGGCUCGGAUUGGCUACCAAUUGGUCCAAGUUUUCCGCCACUGCUGGACUGGGAGUCAUUCAUAAGGGUUUCUUCGAGCAGGGUAUGACCAUCUUAGGCCCAUACCUUCCCCAGAAUGGUGGCGAGAGUAAUGUCCCUGGCGCAGCAUACUCCGAAGGCGGCGCCCUAUACGCCUUGGGUUUGAUCAACGCUGGUUGCGGCACGGAAAUCUCUGGUUUUUUGCGAGAAUCUUUGCGAUCAGCACAGGGAGAGAUUGUUCAACACGGAGCGGCAUUAGGAUUAGGAAUUGCAGCCAUGGGUUCCAAGAAUAUCGAGGCGUUCGAGGAUUUGAAGAACGUUUUAUUUAUGGAUUCCGCUGUCGCCGGUGAAGCAGCUGGUUACGCAAUGGGCCUCAUCAUGUUGGGUACCGCAGCGGCAGAUCCUGUACAUGAAAUGCUGUCCUACGCGAAAGAGACACAACACGAGAAAAUUAUCCGCGGGCUUGCUGUUGGUAUUGCAUUUGUGUUCUAUGGGCGACAGGAGGAAGCAGAAAAAACUAUUCAAUCUCUUCUCAGCGAAACGGAUCCUAUUUUGCGAUACGGGGGUGUUUACACCUUGGCAUUAGCUUACGCUGGUACAUCCAAUAAUGAUGCUGUCAGGCGCUUACUGCAUAUCGCUGUGUCGGAUGUUUCCAAUGAUGUUCGACGCGCUGCAGUGACCUGCCUCGCAUUUCUGCUCUUCAAGAAUCCUGGUCAGGUGCCUCGUAUUGUUCAACUCCUCAGCGAGAGCUACAAUCCUCACGUCCGUUGCGGUGCUACCCUGGCUCUAGGAAUCGCUUGCGCUGGUACAGGUUUACAAGAUGCGGUAGAGAUUCUAGAGCCAAUGACGAAGGAUGGCGUCGACUUUGUCCGGCAAGGUGCCUUCAUCGCAUUGGGAAUGAUCCUCCUCCAACAGUCUGAAGCUUCCUCUCCUUCACUUGCACCCACUCGAUCACUUUACACGAAGAUCGUGUCGGAUAAACAUGAAGAUCCAAUGGCAAGGCUUGGUGCCGCUCUCGGACAAGGUCUCAUCGACGCAGGUGGGCGAAACGUAAUGAUCAACCUGCAGAGUAGGGCCGGAACUCGGAAUACGAAUGCUGUUGUCGGCAUUGUCAUGUUCUGCCAGUUCUGGUACUGGUACCCGUUGGCCCAUUGCGUGUGUCUCGCCUUCGAGCCGACAGGAAUUAUCGGACUCAACGCGGAUCUGAAGGUCCCCAAAUUUGAGGUCAUUUCGAAUGCAAAACCAAGUCUCUUCGCCUAUCCUCCCUCCACCAAGCCGCCGAAGAAGGAAACCGUCGCUAAAGUCGCAACUGCAGUCCUGUCCACUACAGCGAAAGUGAAAGCACGAGAAAAGAAGAAGGCUGCGGCCGAUGGCGAUGCUAUGGAGACGGACGAGAAAUCCGCUUCUGCAGACGAAGAUGUUGACAUGAAAGCCGAAGAACAGAUCAGCAAAGCCUCAAAGUCUUUGAAGAAGGCGGAGCCGUCAUCUGAGUUGAUACCUAACUUCUCCCGUGUCACACCUGCCCAACUAGGUUGUAUUGCCUUCCCUUCAGAAUCUAGAUACCAGCCCGUUCGAGCUCUCACAGCGACCUCGACCUCAUCUCACGCAGGGAAGCAUCCGGUGGAGAAGUUGGCCGGUGGAGGAGGUAUUGUUAUGCUCAUCGAUACAAAACCUCAGGAGGAAGCUGAGCUUCUUGAAUUUGAGCAAGUUCAGUUGAGUGCACCAACACCAGCGGUUGCGAAUGGAGAUGCAGUGAGGGCUGUACCAACCGGACCGCAUAUUGCUUUGGAUGAGAGUGCGCCGGAAGCAUCUCCCCCUGAACCUUUCCAGUACUCCUUUGAACACGACAAUUAA